GUGCUCCUCUGCGUGGGUCCGCUUGGGGCAGGUCCCCGGGUCGGUGAGAAAGUGGGUGGGAGCUUGCUUAUAAAAAAGUGGAGUCCAGUGGUCUGUAUUAAUGGAGUCACUGGCGCCCAGGAACUCUGGGCAGGUUCCUGUCCCGUCAAGAGUGCUGGAGGCCGAACUUGGAAUACAAGUUUAAGGUUCCCUAGAGGACGAAGGAUAAGGAGCUGAGCUCCCCGCUCCCCCUCCCAGUCUGCGGCGGGAGAGGCCAACCCCGACCCUGGUUAAAACUCCCGGGGAGUCAUCGCUGCUCCCUCCGCUUCUUCCCCCACGCUCCCACUCGGGGUCCCCUUCACAGCUGGGAGUCGCAGCGGUCGCAGCUUGCGCGGGUGGAUGUGCUCGCCCACCGGUUCCCGGGAACUCGGGGGCGGCUGCUGAGCCACGUCGAUCGCGGAGGACUUGUAUUCGCUUUCUGCAUCCUCACCCCGGAGGGGAGCCGAGGGGUUUCCACCAUGAUCUCCCGGGUCUUCAGGGUGCGCAUGUGGGCCCCGGUGGGCGUCCUGACCUCGCUGGCGUACUGCCUCCACCAGCGGCGGGUGGCUCUGGCCGAGCAGCGGGGGGAUGACGACCAGAAUUCCGUCGACCGAAGCCUGCUGGAGUUGAAAAUGGUGCAAGUCGUGUUUCGACACGGGGCGCGGAGCCCUCUCAAGGCGCUUCCGCGGAAGGAGCAGGUAGAGUGGAAUCCCCAGCUGCUAGAGGUCCCACCCCAAACUCGGUUUGAUUACACAGUCACCAAUCUAGCUGGUGGCCCGAAACCACAUUCUCCUUUCGACUCUCAGUACCACGAGACCACGCUGAAGGGGGGCAUGUUUGCUGGACAGCUGACCAAGGUGGGCAUGCAGCAGAUGUUUGCCCUGGGAGAGAGGCUGAGGAAGAACUACGUGGAGGACAUCCCCUUUCUUUCGCCAACCUUCAACCCACUGGAGGUCUUCAUUCGUUCCACUAACAUAUAUCGGAAUCUGGAGUCUACCCGGUGUUUGCUGGCUGGGCUUUUCCAAUGUCAGAAAGAAGGACCCAUCAUCAUCCACACUGAUGAAGCAAGCUCUGAAGUCUUGUACCCCAACUACCAAAACUGCCGGAGCCUCCGGGAAAGAACCAGAGGCCGGAGGCAGGCUGCUUCUCUGCAGCCAGGGAUCUCAGAGGAUUUGAAGAAAGUGAAGGAAGGGAUGGGCAUUGCCAGUAGCGAUGGAGUGGACUUCCUCAUCCUCCUGGACAACGUGGCUGCUGAGCAGGUGCACAGCCUCCCGAGCUGCCCCACACUGAAGAGGUUCGCAUGGAUGAUUGAGCAGAGAGCGGUGGACACAGCCUUGUACAUCCUGCAAAGGGAAGACAGGGAAAGCCUUCAGAUGGCAGUGGGCCAAUUCCUCCACAUUCUGGAGAGCAACCUGCUGAAAGUCGUGGACCCUGCCACUCCGCCCGGCAAGACCAGAAAGCUGUACCUCUAUGCAGCUCAUGAUGUGACCCUCAUGCCUCUCUUAAUGGCCCUGGGGAUUUUUGACCACAAAUGGCCCCCAUUUGCUGUGGACCUGACCAUGGAACUCUAUCAGCACCGGGAGUCUCAGGAGUGGUUUGUGCAGCUCUAUUACCGUGGGGAGGAGCAGGUGCCGAAAGGUUGCCCUGACCGGCUCUGUCCACUGGACAAGUUCUUGAACACCAUGUCAAUUUAUACCUUGAGCCCAGAAAAAUACCACACAGUCUGCUCUGAAGCCCAAGUGAUGGGACUUGAAAAUGGAGAGUGAGUGAUUUGUACAAGUAGGAUGUGUUGAUUUUUUUAAAUAAAAUGCCUUUACACAA